AUGCAGAGCAGCGCUCGCGAGUCGGUUGGAUCGGAUGCUGUGGCGAAUGCAGGGGAGCGUGCUGUCGCGGCCGUGCAAACGUGCCUUGCCCAGGCGCUGCUUUUAGAAGCGGGAGCCGCGGGACUCACGGGGGUCGUGUCGGUCAAGGCGGCCUCCAUGCUCGACCUCACCGGCCUGAUGCCCGCUUUUGUGAUCGCUCUCACUGGCUUGGCCGUCCUGCCUCUUCAGCGCUAUCGGCUGCAACUCGAUCUUCAGCAGCGGGUUGACGAGCUGAGCAGUUCCUUGAACGAGGCGCUGCAAACUCACCUGGAAGCUGAGCUGCAGCACGCGGUGACACGCUCACUGGCGGCCGUCAAGCCGUUUCGAGAGCACGUCGAGCGAGAGCACGCCGCCCACGAAGAGAGGCGGGGCAUGCUCGACGCGGUGAAGGCUGAACUGAGCGCCAUGCACUUGGCAUUGGAGAGGGCGGAGCGCCCGGCGGUGUCUAUUGUCGAGCCAAAGACUUGA